GGCAUAGAAGGCACCUGGAAAACGCUUAAGACACUGCAGUUCCAGGGCAAAGGAGCAGCCAGGAUGGAAACUAUAUCUGUUUUCCUUCUGCUGGCAGUGGGAUCAACCUUGACCUCUCCAGCCGAUGCCUCCAAGGAAUCAUUGAUGUACCCUUAUGGGACUGCACAGGGUGACACAAAGAACCCCAAGUCAGAUGAUGGGACAUCUACAAAGAUCAUCACUGCAGUGCCCUUCAGCUUCUAUGGCAAGAAGUACCGCGCACUCUACGUCAACAACAAUGGGGUGGUCUCCUUUGGUGUGAAUGUGUCCCAGUACACACCCGACCCUUUCCCGCUGGAUUUAGAGUCACCCUUUGUCGCCCCCUAUUGGGGGGAUGUUGACAAUACUAGAGGCGGAGAUGUCCUAUGGAGACAGACUCAGGACUCUGCAGUACUUAGCCGCUGCACCGCAGACAUCAACCAGUACUUCCCAGAGAUUUCUUUCACGGCUGUCUGGGCCUUGGUUGCUACCUGGGACCGUGUCGCCUACUUUGGAAGUGCUUCAAAAAAGACCAACACUUUCCAGGCUGUCUUGACCACCAAUAACGAAGUAUGUUUCAUCAUUUUGAAUUAUGCUGACAUCCAGUGGACAACCGGGAUAGCAAGUGGUGGGAAUCCCAGGACAGGCCUUGGGGGAACCCCUGCACAGGCUGGAUUUGACAGUGGAGACAAGAAAAACUUUUACAACAUCCCAGCAUCACGCACCCCCAGUAUCCUCAAUAUCACACAAACCACCAACGUGCAGUUCACGGGGCGAUGGGUGUUCCAAGUGGAUGAGAUUGUGAUCGGAGACACAACGGAGAAGGGCAAAUGCUUGGAAUGAGACCACCUGCAACCCAAGAGAGCCCCCUCCUCAUCCACCGGUGUCAAGACAGGAUUUACUCAAAUCUUUGGAAAGAUCCCUCUGCUGCCCCCUAUAGGCUUGGAGCCAUGCCUGAUUACGGCUUACCAAUAAAAUGGCUGU